UGUUUUUUGGGGAAAAUGGUGGUUUCUCUUUGAAAGUGGUGGUGUUUGCUGGAGAAUCGUAAUGUUUCUUGAGGAAUGAUGGUGUUGGAGACUGGUGAUGUGUGGUGGUGAAUGGUGGUAUUUGUUGGACAAUGGUAACGUUUACUGGAAAAUGAUGGUGAUUUUUGGGAAAAUGAUAAAGUUUGGUGGAAAAUAAUGGUGUUUUUGGGGGUAAUGCUGGUGUUUGUUGGGGAGUGGUGGUAUUUGUUGGAGAAUGGUGAUGUUUGGUAGAAAAUGGUGGUGUUUGUUGGAGGACGGUGGUAUUUGAUGGAGAAAGGUGGUGUUGGAAAAUGGUGGUGUUUGUUAUAAAAUGAUGGCGUUGAAGAAUGGUGAUGUUUAGAGGAUAAUGAUGACGUGUUGGAGAAUAGUGGUGUUUGGAGGAUAAUUAUGGAGAUGGUGUUGAAGAACUUCAGUGAAGACAUAUGCUCCAUGAUUCUGGACAAGACAAUAUUAAUUCCACUGGUCCUUACUGACCCAACCUGCCCCAGUAAACACCAACAUUCUAAUGUUGGCAGUUUAUCCUAUUCAAGAACAGUUAAACCAAAUGAUCCAGCACAACUAGAAGGUAAUAUUCGAAAUAUCCGAAAAAAUACCAAUUUUGAUGUUUGGGAGAACCAAAGAGCACAGCACCAGCAUCUUUCAUCAAACCCCAAACAUUCCACCAAACACCAACAGUGUGACCUUGCCAUUUCAUUGUUUAGAGGAAGAACUGACAAUCCAAAUCAACCAGUUACAAAUAAAGAGAACAUUCCAGAGUCCAGCGGUUGGGUUGGCUUGGUGAGCUCUGGACUCUAAGAGCUUUAGUUGUCAUAGAAUCAUCUUGACCUCUAUGUCCAAAUGCCCUAUCUAGCCCAACCAGGAGUGGACCCAAGCCCAGGAGAGAGGAGGGAGGGGAGAUAUACACACCCUGCCAGAGCAGGACAUCUUCGUCAAAGGAAGGAAGGAGCAAGGCAGGAAAGGAGGGAGAGAGUAAGAGGAGGAAAGCAGAGUUUUCCGUUAGAGGGAGAGAGGAGGCCGACCAGCAGUGGCACUACUCAAGCACCAGAGGCUGUUGACGUACGAGUCGCACCUGAGAGUAUCUGAAAUAACCCAGUCGAACAGACGAAACGAGCAGGACUGUCUGUGUGAAUUCCAUGGAUUUAGUCGUGUUUUGACAAAGUGAAGGGAUCCGUGAGCCAAGUUAAGGAUUAAAACCAAAAACUUGAACUCGGCUGGCAGAGAGGUGGUCUCGAAGAGGAUUAAGAGGUCCGCAGUUCUGGAACAUCAUACUAAAGUCCGAAGGAGCAACAGAAUGACUUUAUCCCGGAACGGAACCCUGGAGAAGGCGUUAUCCCAGCAGCUUUCGGCUGAUGUGGUGGACUCAGAGUUCACCCGCCUCCAUCAUGCUAACUCCAUCUCCUCAGCGGCCGUGUCCCCAGUGCCGGCCCCAGGGGUGGUGGUGCCCCCUCCGUACUCUGUGGCGGGCAGCACCUCGGCUGACCCGCCGCUGGAGCUCAGGGGGUCUCUGGACUGUUGGGCCUGCUCCGUCCUCGUCACCGUCCAGAACCUCAUCAUCGCCACCAUCAACGCAGGCCUGGCCGGAGUCAUCUUCGGCCUCAUCCUCACCCCGGCGCUCGUCAUGGUGGUGUUCGGCUUCCUCUGCCAUUCAUCGGUGAAGCCACACGGAACCUCGGUUUACUGCUCAGACCUGCUGAACAACGCUGCCUGCGUGGCUCUGCUGGUGGUUGGGUUCCUUCUGCUGGUUCCUCUGCUGGUUCUGGCUCUGGCUGCCUACUGCAGACUGGCCCGCCACCUCCAGCUGGGCCUCUGCUUCAUCCCGUACAGCCGCGCUGUCUAUAAAAACAUGCCUGCAUCCCACCACAGGGGGCUGGGGGGCUGCUGCGGCCAGCAGGGGGCAGCGGAGAGGGAGCGGAAGGGCAGCGUGUGGGUGUGAGGAAGAUUCAUCAGUGAAAGCUGCUGGGCCGCUACAGAUGAACCCAAAUUUAAACGCAAAUCGAGUGUGUGACUCAAACAGAGCGGCCCUGACUCCUUUACUGUCACUACGCUAUGUAAAUAGCCGCUGUGGCUCUUUUAAAUGUAAAUAUCUCUUUUCUAGGAGCCUCAGCGAAUCUGUCACUGUCUCUUCUGAGGCUUAUCAAAUUCUCUCGCUAGCUUAGCUCAUCUGUGAGCACGUGAGAAGCAGUGAUGGCAGCUACUGCUCAGAGGCUAAACGAACACAGGCUGAUGAGUCAAAGGCCAGCAGUCACAGGUUAGCCAACAAGAGGACAACCAAUCACAAGCUAAGCAAUCAGAGGCUAACCAAUCAGAGGCUAACCAAUCACAAGAUAAGCAAUCAGAGGCUAACCAAUCAGAGACUAACCAAUCAGAGAUUAACCAAUCAGAGGCUAAUUAAUCAGAGAUUAAUAAAUCAGAGGCUAAUUAAUUAGAGACUAACCACUCAGAGGCUAAUCAAUCAGAGGCUAACCAAUCAGAGGCUAACCAAUCAGAGGCUAACCAAUCAGAGAUUAACCAAUCAGAGACUAACCAAUCAGAGGCUAAAAAAUCAGAGGCUAACCAAUCAGAGAUUAACCAAUCAGAGGCCAAUUAAUCAGAGAUUAAUAAAUCAGAGGCUAAUUAAUCAGAGAGUAAUAAAUCAGAGGCUAAUUAAUCAGAGACUAACCAAUCAGAGGCUAAUCAAUCAGAGAGUAAUCAAUCAGAGGCUAAUCAAUCAGAAGCUAAUUAAUCAGAGGCUAAUUGAUUAGAGGCUAAUUGAUUAGAGGCUAAUUAAUAAUAUGACGAUUGGCUGAUUCUUCGAUUUGCCACAUGCCUCAUCCUGCCAGUAAUGGGAAUGUUCUUAGAGUGAUAAAAAGAAAGAUCCACUGAAAACCUCAGGAAUCACAUUGGGAUCAGGCCGCGUUCACACAGCAGGUAAAGAGGCCCGGUCCUGAUUUUCUCCUUCGUUUGUCUUUUAGACGUGGUCUGUAUGCGACAGUCUGAACAGAUCAGCUCCUAAACCGACCCGAGUGCGCUAAAGAACAGCGCUCCUCCGGCUCCUCCGGCUCCUCCGGCCGUGCUCGGCCACUUCGUUCGAACCCCUCCGAACACGGAGCGGCUGAGAUGAGCCUCUUCUCAUUCUUCGGCGCUGAAGCUUCAGCCCAAGUGUUUCUGAGCCUCAGCAGCAUGAAACGAUGACGAAUGUCGAGUUGGACUGACGUAAAAGCUGCAAGAAUUCCGAUCUGGCUGCUCAGAGUCGCAUUGCCGCAGAUCGGAUACGGAUUGGAUUUAAGUGCCACAUAUGAAAGCUUCUCGGAUCGGAAUUGGCAAUCUCUGAUUCGAGAUGUUCACACUGCCACACAGACUCACAUCUGUUCAGAUCGGAUUCAGGCCCGUUUCACCUGCUGUGUGAACGCAGCCAUAGAGUCGAACUCAAGGCCUCGAUCAGCCUUCGGAGUCGUCAGUGCCUCGAGGAUCGGCGGCCUUGCUGUUCUGACCGCUUUUGUACGGGACUGGCCGUUCCGUUUGGCUCUGACUUUCUUUUCCUCUUUUCCCUCGCCUGUGUGUUUCGGGACUGGGUGUGUGUGUGUGUGUGUGUGUGGUUCUGCUCUGCCUGACGCACUUUCAUCUUUCAUUCAGCUGCUCUGUCUUUUCUUCCCGAGUCGUUAUUAAAUGUGUGGUUGGUGCAUUUUUGGUCCAGCGAUCAAUAAACUGAGUGUUUUGAUAAGUAA